AUGCCCAUCAUCCUUCAAUCGACCAUCGAUCUUCUGGAGACAGAACUAGCCAAGGCUAGAGCGGCGCUCCAUGAGAUCCAACCUACGGCAUCCUCUUUAUUUACGAAGCGAGAUGAGCUCGCUUUGGGUGCCGUGGCAGCAUAUCGUCAAAAUCUCAUCGACCGUGCGCCGGACUUUUUCUACGGCGCGAGUCGGUUGACCCCCAAGGAGCUGGGACUUGUCCCGGCUGUCCGCGAAGUACAGGCGGACGAUGAUGAAGAUGAUCAUGUAAAGACCGCGUCCAAGCAACACCUUCGGCCUGUCCAGCCGAUUGCACCCAAGCGCGCUUCUUUGGCCGAUGUCUUAUCCAACAGUCUAAUCCUCGAUCAUAUGGCCCCAUAUCUGUCAACCUCCUCAUUGUUGGCUCUAGCAUCUACUUCCCGCCAGGUUCGGUCAUCGAUAGUGGACACUCCCUACAUUUUCCGCCACCUUGAUCUGACCCAAUGCCGUGGUGCGAAACCAGCCAGCACAUCUACGACAGACUCGGCGGAGCAAGUAUGGAGUGGUGAGCAAGGGGAAGACUCCGCAGUCGAGGACGAAUUUUAUUCUGCGCCUCUGAGGGGCAUCUUUGCUAGUCUCCAAAGGCAGUCGAUCCUGCAGGACGUGCGCACAUUGGUUCUGGAUGGACUGUCCGUUCCAGCGGAUUUGCUUGCGGAAAUUAUCCUCACAGAUCGCUUCAACGUCAACAUUCUAUCUAUAAGGGAGUGCCGCCAUCUCAAUGAGCGGAAACUGAUGCAGGUGCUGACCCAUGCGGUACGGCCUUCCCGCCCUAAGGGCACACCCCGCGUUAAAGGAAUCUAUCACUUUACUCCCCUCCAACAGUCUCGUGCGGUGAUUCGCAGCAGAUACCGCGACUGGUGGAGCUCGAGAUGUGGCAACCAAUCGUCCAUUACCCCGAGUCCGGAAAACGGGUCUGCAACUGGUGAAGUUGCUGAAAGUGCCACACAGCAACAGGAUGCAUGGUAUCGCUCGUCCGGGCAGCUCUUCAAGCGGAGCAUUGAGGAUGGCUGGGCAGAGACAAUCAAGCAGUGCGAAGGUAUCAUUGCAUUUGACGCUGUUUUGUGCCGUGGUCCUCGUCACGACGUGGAUCUUUCCACUCCCAUGCCGGAAGGCCAGAGUGCAUCUCAGCCAGAGGGCCGGCCGCCGCUUGCGCCAAAACUGGCAACUGUUGCACUAGGGCCCCGAGGAUGCGAUGGCUGCCACACCUCACCCGAAGGCCCGACCUUCUGGGGUCAGUCCCCGGAUGAAGACCUUCCCCUGCUGACGCCGCCACCGCUCCACUCUUCCUCUGUAGUCAAGGCAAAAAGGCCGGUGUUGAUUCCGGACGAGCAGCCAAGUCUAAUCGCUCGCUGCACAGAUUGCUUGACAGAUCGGUGGUGCCAUCGUUGCAAUAAAUGGUUCUGUGAGGAUUGCCUGCCUCAUCCAGAGCGUGUACGGAACAAUCUUUCGCCGCACCAGACAGCGUUCAGAAACCCGCAGAGCAAUCUGGGUAGUACUGAACAGUCCGAAGAUCAUAGUCACUUCAGCCGCGGUGUAAGCAAAGAUUGCUGGGAAUGCGGUCCAACGUGUGUCCAGUGCAAGACGGAAUGCCAGCGAACUUGCCAAAGCUGCCGUGGUGAAUAUUGUGUUGAGCACAAUGAGGGAUGUUCGUCGACGAUGUGCGAUUGGUGCAAUGCCAGUACCCGGCAUCGGGUGAGAGAACUGUACUGA